CCUUUAAAAUUGAACAUGGAGGCCACAGGGAUAGCGGCAGAGCUGGCAGCGGACGGUCCUUGCGUUGGCCUACAGCAGGCGCCCCCCGGGGGCGGGAAGCUGCCCCACAGCAUGGAACCACAGGUUACUCUAAAUGUGACUUUUGAAAAUGAAAUUCAAAGCUUUCUGGUUUCUGAUCCAGAAAAUACAACUUGGGCUGAUAUUGAGGCUAUGGUAAAAGUUUCAUUUGAUCUGAAUACUAUUCAAAUAAAAUACCUGGAUGAGGAAAAUGAAGAGGUAUCCAUCAACAGUCAAGGAGAAUAUGAAGAAGCGCUUAAGUCGUUGCCACUUGCUCCAUGUGACACAGACCAGCCUCAAGACAAGCCCCCAGACUGGUUCACAAGCUACCUGGAGACAUUCAGAGAACAAGUGGUUAAAGAAAUGGUUGAGAAGCUUGAACAGAAAUUACAUGAAAAGCUUGUCCUCCAGAACCCAUCUUUGGGUUCUUGUCCCUCAGAAGUCUCAAUGCCUACUUCAGAGGAAACAUUGUUUUUGCCAGAAAAUCAGUUCAGCUGGCAUAUUGCUUGCAACAACUGCCAAAGAAGGAUUGUUGGUGUCCGCUACCAGUGUAGCCUAUGCCCAUCCUACAAUAUCUGUGAAGAUUGUGAAGCAGGGCCAUAUAGCCACGACACUAACCAUGUCCUGCUGAAGUUGCGGAAACCUGUUGUGGGCUCCUCUGAACCAUUCUCUCACUCAAAAUACUCUACUCCUCGUCUUCCUGCUGCUCUGGAACAAGUCAGGCUCCAGAAACAGGUUGAUAAGAACUUUCUUAAAGCAGAAAAGCAAAGAUUGCGAGCUGAGAAGAAACAACGUAAAGCAGAGGUCAAGGAACUUAAAAAGCAACUUAAACUCCAUAGGAAAAUUCACCUGUGGAAUUCAAUCCAUGGACUGCAGAGCUCCAAGUCUCCUUUAGGCCGACCUGAGAGCUUGCUCCAGUCUAAUACCCUGAUGCUCCCUUUGCAACCCUAUACCCCCGUUAUGCCAAUGCUCAGUGCAGCAUUUGUGGAUGAGAAUUUGCCUGAUGGGACUCACCUUCAGCCAGGAACCAAGUUUAUCAAACACUGGAGGAUGAAGAAUACAGGAAAUGUGAAGUGGAGUGCAGACACAAAGCUCAAGUUCAUGUGGGGAAACCUGACUUUGGCUUCCACAGAAAAGAAGGAUGUUUUGGUUCCUUGCCUCAAGGCCGGCCAUGUGGGAGUUGUAUCUGUGGAGUUCAUUGCCCCAGCCUUGGAGGGAACGUAUACUUCCCAUUGGCGUCUUUCUCACAAAGGCCAGCAAUUUGGGCCUCGAGUCUGGUGCAGUAUCAUAGUGGAUCCUUUCCCCUCUGAAGAGAGCCCUGAUAACAUUGAAAAGGGCAUGAUCAGCUCAAGCAAAACUGAUGAUCUCACCUGCCAGCAAGAGGAAGCUUUUCUUCUGGCUAAAGAAGAAAGACAACUUGGUGAAGUGACUGAGCAGACAGAAGGGACAGCAGCCUGCAUCCCACAGAAGGCAAAAAAUGUUGCCAGUGAGAGGGAGCUCUACAUCCCAUCUGUGGAUCUUCUGACUGCCCAGGACCUGCUGUCGUUUGAGCUGUUGGAUAUAAACAUUGUUCAAGAGUUGGAGAGAGUGCCCCAUAACACCCCUGUGGAUAUGACUCCCUGCAUGUCUCCUCUGCCACAUGACAGUCCUUUAAUAGAGAAGCCAGACUUGGGGCAGAUAGAGGAAGAGAGUGAAGGGACAGGAUUUAAAGCACUUCCUGAUUCUACAGUGUCAGUAAAGAGAAAGACUCAGAACAUUGCUUCUGUGGAGGAAGCAGAAGAAGACCUGAGUGGGACCCAGUUUGUGUGUGAGACAGUAAUCCGAUCCCUUACCUUGGAUGCUGCCCCAGACCACAACCCUCCUUGCAGACAGAAAUCCUUGCAGAUGAAAUUUGCCUUGCCUGAAGAAGGACCACUUGGAGAUGAGAGGGAGGAGAUUGUCCAUAUCACUGAGGAAGAAGCUGUCAUGGAGGAGGAGGAGGAAGAGGAGGAGGAGGAGCUCAAAGAUGAAGUUCAGAGUCAGUCCUCUGCUUCCUCAGAGGAUUACAUCAUCAUCCUGCCUGAGUGCUUUGAUACCAGCCGCCCCCUGGGGGAUUCCAUGUACAGCUCUGCACUCUCACAGCCAGGCCUGGAGCGAGGUGCUGAAGGCGAGCCUGGGGUUGAGGCUGGGCAGGAACCAGCUGAGGCUGGGGAGAGACUUCCUGGAGGGGAGAACCAGCCACAGGAGCACAGCAUAAGUGACAUCCUCAUGACCUCACAGACUCUGGAAACAGUGCCCCUAAUCCCAGAGGUAGUGGAGCUUCCACCGCCACUGCCCAGGAGCCCUCCUUGUGUACAUCAUCAUGGUUCCCCAGGAGUGGAUUUACCAGUUACCGUAUCAGAAGUUUCUUCAGUCCCUGAUCAGAUCAGAGGAGAGCCCAGAGGCUCAUCAGGACUUGUAAACAGCAGACAGAAGAGCUAUGACCACUCAAGGCACCAUCAUGGGAGUAGCAUUGCUGGAGGACUGGUGAAGGGGGCUUUGUCUGUUGCUGCCUCUGCAUACAAGGCCCUGUUUGCUGGGCCACCCGUCACUGCACAGCCAAUAGUUUCUGAAGAUCAGACAGCAGCCCUGAUGGCCCAUCUCUUUGAAAUGGGAUUCUGUGACAGGCAGCUGAACCUACGGCUGCUGAAGAAACACAAUUACAAUAUCCUGCAGGUUGUAACGGAACUUCUUCAGAUAAACAACAAUGACUGGUACAGCGAACGCUAUUGAGGAGUGACCUUGUAUUAAAUAACUGCCUGCUGCUCAGAGAUGAUCUUUAUUCUGUCAUUGGGGUAUGGGGUAGAAGCCCUUGCUUAUUUUUAAUCUGAUGAAUCUGUGUAAGCCCAUCGUUGAGUUACCAAGACAAUACCUGUUAUAGUAUUUUGGGAAGCAAGUUAAAGACCAGAACUUAAAUUUUCACUUUAGACAUUGGAUGAAUAGUAUGAAGACAGUUUUUCAGUUGAUUUGGAUAAAACUAUUUUAGUGCAUUGACAAGUAUAACUUCAACUUCAUAUAGAACCAUUUUUAUUUCUGCUUUUAUUGAAGUUGAGUGUUUUUCUUUGAUUAAUGUGGAUUUUUUAUGGGGAUAUCUGUUAAUUUUCAGGUUUUGAAAGACAUUAACCUCGUAAGUUGUUUUUAAGAAUUAUUCUCAUAAUUUCUGUAACCCAGCUCAAGCUUCAUAGCUAUUUGGCAUUAAAAUAACACCCAGAGCAUGAUAGAAAUGUUGUUACUCUUCCUCUCUCAAGGAGAAAGUAAUUUUCCUGCAAGACUUAAUAGUUGGCACCGUUGCUUUCUAAAGACUCCGUGGUGCAUUCAGGAGUACCCAACUUCAAGGGAAUCUCUGCAUUUCAAUGAAAGGAGGAAGAGUGUGCUGAUAAACCUACCAGCACCUAUUGAGCAAUGUCUAUUAUAGUAAUUUUGCAUACAUUUUUAUUUAAGGGAAAAAAUUUAGGUAGUGUGAAAUAUUUUGCUAAUCUCGUAGAAAAGGAAAAAAUCCUUCUGUUAUUUAAAGGGAAAAGUAAAUUUAACAGUUACCUUUUUUCUUAAUGUCAGGGCAGAUCUUAUUUUACAGUACAGUGGGGGAAAUAGAAACAUGUGAAAGGCAAAAGGCAGGCUCCUAAAUUAAUGUCAGUAAAGUUCAGGGUGGGCAAAUGAGUGUGUGUGAGGUAUAGGAAAUGCUGAUGACUUCUUUAAUGCUUGAAGUCCGUUCAGAGGUAUCCAGCCCUAGAAAGCCUAGAACAGGAAGAGGCAGCUGGUAUUGUGCAAAACUUGGAUGGGGGCAAAGUUGCUGAAAAAGUUUUGGUUUAACCCCAAGAUAAGUGGGAAGGAGCUUGUCCAUGGACCCAGGUUCUCACUCUGUUUACAGAAGGGAGUUGAGUACAGUUGGUGAAGGAAGAGGUAACAAAAAAUGCUAAAUAUUUUAUCCAUGAAAAUGACUUCCAGAAAAGGAAGAAUAUGAAUUCCAGACCGAAGGGGAAAAGAUAGUUAAAAUAGUAUUAUCUAACCUGGUUGGUAUUUGUAAUGAAUGGUGAUUUUAAUUAGUCAUUAGCCAUAAUGAUGUUUAUUUACAGUAUAACUCCUGAAUGCUACUUAAAUAAACCAGGAUUCAAACUGCAA